AUGAGUGGUGACGAAAACAAUCCCCAUCCUGGCGAUACUUCUCACAAGCAUAGUGGUUCGGCACUUCACAUGGGCCCACAUAAAAAAGUUGCCUCUUCAAAUCCCCUGGUUCUCCAUGGGCGACACUUCGGUCGGAUGGUAUUCGCACUAUGCAAUUAUCCGUCUCUUUUGACUGGAGGUAUGCUUCGACUCGAAGAAUUACAGGAUUCUUCAAUAGAAGAUUAUCCAGCCGAUGUUCGACGUGAACAUAGGGUAUUUAUGGAGCUUGUAGACUCCUAUCCUAAUCUUCUAGAACGUCUGACAACUGGCAAGGAGGAAGAUGUCAUCCAUGUCAGAGAAUUGAUUGGCAAAGGAGCCUCCAGUGCACGAGGCGACGGCACAAAAACCCUCAAAUCCGCUGUGCUCGAAUGGCUUAUGCCCAAAGGCCAGCCACUUAUACCGCCUCUCUCCCAAAACAUCAAAUCUGAUUGCAGUUUCAAUCAUGAAGUGACCGGUGCAUUGCUCUGCCCCGCAGGCCUCGACUGGUCGAAUGCCGAAACUAAGCAGAAUCUUAAAAGCGGUGAAAUAGAAGUCCGUGGCGACCAGUGGCCGAUGUUUCUAUAUGCUAAGUAUGCCUAUGAUCCCGAAGAUCCAUGGCAGGGUCUAUUGAGGAGCGACAUACUUAUAUUUGGGUUCAAACAUGUAUUUACCUCUCCAAGUUCCGUAGAAAAGGAACCGAAAGCCACGCGCUCCGGUAAUGCACACCUCCAUGGGAUGAAAUCUGUGACGAAAGGAUCCCUGGCUUACAUUGCCACACAGGUUCGGUUUUCAUUGAGUUCUUCGUCUGUAUUUUCACGCACGGACACUGUUACGGACUCAGAAAAUUUUUAUCACAGCAUUCUUGACCUAUUGGAGGAUCCAGACGAGACUGAGGAAGUAGUAGACCUAAUGGCUUGGUGGACACAUCGCAUUUUCCCUAAUCCCUCCAGUUCACAGCGAGCUAUCAGCAAAAACAGCGCGCUAUCCAAAAUUCGGGAGAAGUGCACUGCCCUUCAAGCACUGACCAAUGAUGGUGCUAAUUAA